AUGGCGCAGAAACCGCAGACCCUAGAUGGAAAGUUGGCCAUCGUGAGCGGAAGCUCGAAAGGCAUUGGCGCGGCCAUUGCGAUUGAGCUUGCUUCCAGAGGCGCCCUCGUGGUCACGAAUUACCCAUUCGCUUCACUUCAACAAGAAGCCGAGUCCACCUUGGAGAAGAUGCGCGCUACCGGCGGCAGCCAUGUCACCGAGUGCUUCGCGGUCGAGUCAGACUUGUCAACGCUCAGCGGGCCAAAACACCUUGUCGAAGAGACUGUCAGGCGAACGAACGGCCGCAAAGUCGACAUCCUGGUCAACAACGCUGGAAUAGCGAAGAUGUGCUUCCUGAAGGACGUCACCGUCGAGCAGUGGGACUCACAAGUCAACUUGAACGGCCGCGGAACCUUUUUUUUGACGCAGGCCGUGUUGCCGCAUCUGGCAAAACCGAGCAGGAUUGUCAACGUGAGCUCAAGCGGAGCUAGACAGCCGUAUCCGGGGGCGAGCGUUUACAACGGCACGAAAAGCAUGAUUGAGAGCUUCACUCGAUGCUGGGCCGUUGAACUGGGCCGGGAGUACCAGUGUACUGUGAAUGCCAUCUGCCCUGGGGCCACGAGUACCGACGCGUUCAACGAACUCACGGGUGCGACUCGCGACAGCCUGGAGCCAAUGCUAGCCAUGACUCCUGCAGGAUCACGACUUGGCGAAACAGAGGAGAUGGCGUAUGCCGCUGCCUUCUUUUGCGAAGAAAGAGCCCGGUGGAUGACUGGCGUCUGUCUAGGGGUGAAUGGUGGGACUCUUAUGGCCUGA